GGGGCCAGUCUCGUUUUACCUGUCGUAAGAACUUGGCUGUCUGUGGGUCUGUCUGAAGUAAGUUCCGAUGCACGAGAACGAACAUGAGAUCCCUCUGCCUGUCUGAUUGGCUGCCUAUGUCCUGAAGAGCCGAACCCUCUGAGCCCACCCACUGCUUAAAGGACUUUCCAGUCAUCACAAAUCUCUGCCUUACACUAAGUACAGGACCUGGUCUGGGCUGAACGAAAAAGCGCUCACCAUGGCAGCUAACCACGAUUAUCGUGACGGCUACGACGUCGAGUCAGGACAGCACCGCUUCCACCCGGUGCAAAGUUCGGAAACAACGUACCGACCCAUUCUUUUCGGGACGCUCGCGGUUAUGGGAUUGCUUCAAGUGGCAUCGAGUGUCGCGAUCUUGUUACACUUGACGGGCUAUCUUCAAGAGGUUGACCUGAGGCCCUCCCAACACCGCUCUAUAGAGGAAGCGCAGACGGAGCCUGUGCUCGACGCGCUGAAAGACACGAAGAAAAACAGACGUGGAAAGAAUGCAAAAGAGAGCCUUCCGUUUGCUCAUCUGCCAAUCCUUCAGCGUCAGGAGCACAGCAAAAGGGGCGAGCCGAAGCCUGUCAUGAUCGACUGGGACAAGGAGCGCGGGCGCUGCCACAAGAUGGACUACCAGAGGGGGCGGCUUCUGGUGAUCGAGUCAGGCUUCUACUACGUCUACGCCAAGACCUGCAUGCGCUACUCCGUGUACCCGCAGGAGGAAAACGGGCCGGAGAGGACGCCGGCGCCGGACGUGAGCAACGCCCAGCUCAUGCAGUUCAUCUACCACGAGAACGUCCGGGAGAACGGCAGGGCGGAGGGGCUGGUGAAGACGGGCAGCACGGUGCACUGGGAGCACACCAAGUACAAGUACAACAUGUACUGCGCCCAGCAGGGCCGCGGCGUCAAGCUGGAGGAGGGCGACGCCCUGUACGUCAACGUGUCCAACGCGUGGCUCUUGGACCUAGACGGGAAGUGGACGUACUUUGGGGCGAUCAAGCUCAGCAACUGAUGAGCGGAGAGAGUGAGAGUGAGAGUGAGAGAGAGAGAGAGAGAGAGAGAGAGAGAGAGAGAGAGAGAGAGGGGAAGGACGAGCGCUACUGAACAUUUGACCACGCCAAUGAACCACUGUGCGAGCACUUGCCGGUUGUUUUUUUUAUUUUUUUAUAUUACUGAUUCGUAUUCUGGAUUUGUUGAAAGAAAAAUAGUGUUUUUUUUUGUUGUUUUUUUAAGAAUGGCUUUUUUCAUAGACGCGGGUCACUUCCACUGUCUGUCGUCCCCCAGACCGUGAGAGCUUUCACCAAGCAUAACAUUAGCCCAAGUCGCACUGGAGUUGUUCAGGAGAAUAAUAUUUGAGUGUAGUGCUUGAUAUUAUUGCAAUUAAUUGUUAACUAUUUAGAACACAGAGUAGAUGAAAUUGAAAAAAACUUAUAAAUUGUUCAGUUUGAUUAUGUCCUUUGAUUGGUUUCUAUUUCUAUUCAAGCCUAUGACUAGGCAGUGAAGUUAACAAAACACCCACUCCAGGUGAGGUUCUAUUUCAAGUCAUUUUUUUAUGAAGACAUUUCUCUGGCAAAAUGGCACAUAAACAAAUAUAUUGAGGUCACUGGAAGUACGGAGCAGUAUAUAAUAUUGAUAGUCAUUAUUCUCCAGGGGGACAAUAAAUAAAAUAAAUAUAAAGGACGUAAGAUUGUAGCUUUCAGAGCGUGUUCUCCAAUUAAUUAGUUAGUAGAUUAUCAAAGGACAACAAACCAUCAUGAUCAGGGUGACCGCCGCAGUAGAUGGUAUUUCCCAAAUGGGUGUCCUAGGAAAUGUGAAUAGGAUUGUCAUAAGAUGUAUGAGUUGAACAGCGUAAAAGGUAUCUGAUAUGAAAAAAACUAAGGGAUAUAUUUUAUCCUUGAAAAAUAAUUUCACAGCAAUGCCACUCGAUUCAAUAAUGUAGUCUUCGUCCACCAUCUCCGUUCAAAAGAGGUCACAGAGAAGCGCAUCCUUGCAUUCUCUGUCAACAUGUAUAUCAUGUACAAUAUGCAUUCUGCAAGAAAGCAUAACCACGUCCCACUUCUCAGCAAUUCCACUGUUUCCAUAAAUGGAAAGAGUCAAUAUAGUCCUCAUUGACUUCGGUUUUGACAGAGGGGAGGGGGGCAUCUACACGUUGCUGUUUGACAAUCCGCAAAUGGGUGCAAGUGAUGCGUCAAAUGCAGAUAGCUGGACUGUCUUACCCUUAGUAACACAAAGAGGCCUCUUGUCUCCUUUAACCAGAGGAACCAGUGAUACAGAUAGCUGGUCUGUCUGACCCUAAAUGACGAUAACAAGAACUCUUGUCUUGCCUUAACCAAAUUGAGUUUGGUCCACCUUUAACUUAAACCUUUUUUUCAUUUGGCUCUUCAGUGAGGUAGAUGGGAAUAUGCACUAAGUAUUUAUUUAUAAGACAAAGUAGACCAGGGAUAGAUCAUUAUUAAAAUGGCCCGUCCGCUGUAAAAGAAAAAGUUACAAAAAACAACAACAAUAUUUUAUGUCUGUAUGACAUUCAUUAUGCAGCACUUAGGUAAAAUUGUAUGCACGCUUUUUGUUUUGUUAAUUAAUUCAACACAGGGGCUCUUUUUUAGAUUCCAUAUUUAUGUAUCUUGUUUUAACAGCGUGGGCACACGGACAAACGGAAUGAAUAUAUUGUUUUUCCAAUUAGAUUGUAGCAUACCUGUAAGACAUCUUCAAGAUUUCUCCGGUCAAUGUUUUUCUUAUUUAUGUUCUUAUGUGUUUUAAUAAAAGCAAUACUUUUCUAAAAAAAAAAA